CUAAUUCCCCUGCCUUUUCCUCUCUGCAGGAAUGAACCAGGGAGCCCCGGCUCCAGCCCAGGCCCCUCAGGCAUCGGUGCAGUAGAGGCGCCGGAUUCGGGACUCGGGUCUGCUGCUGGUCGCGGCCAUGGCCCCGGAGGCCGCCCCUCGGCGGGGGAUGGCCCCCCUGCUUCCCACUCUCAUCUUCCUGGCCUUGGUGGUUGGCGCCCAGGCAGACAGUAAGCCCACAUUCGUGAAGGCCCCCGAGGACCAGACCGGGCUGUCGGGGGGCGUGGCCUCCUUCGUGUGCCAGGCCACUGGCGAGCCCAAGCCCCGCAUCACCUGGAUGAAAAAGGGCAAGAAGGUCAGCUCGCAGCGGUUCGAGGUGAUCGAGUUUGACGACGGGGCCGGGUCUGUGCUCCGCAUCCAGCCGCUGCGGGUGCACCGCGACGAGGCCAUCUACGAGUGCACGGCCACUAACAGCCUGGGAGAGAUCAACAUCAGCGCCAAGCUCGCCGUGCUGGACGAGGAUCAGCUGCCUCAUGGCUUCCCUACCAUUGACAUGGCCCCCCAGCUGAGGGUGGUGGAAAAGGCCAGAACAGCCACCAUGCUCUGUGCGGCGGGGGGCAACCCUGACCCCGAGAUCUCCUGGUUCAAGGACUUCUUGCCCGUGGAUCCAGCUGCUAGCAAUGGCCGCAUCAAGCAGCUCCGCUCAGGAGCUCUGCAGAUCGAGAACAGCGAGGAGUCGGACCAGGGCAAGUACGAGUGCGUGGCGACCAACUCGGCGGGCACGCGCUACUCGGCCCCCGCCAACCUCUACGUGCGAGAUCAGCGAGAAGUGCGUCGGGUGGCUCCCCGUUUCUCCAUCCCCCCCAGUAACCACGAGGUGAUGCCCGGGGGCAGCGUGAACCUGACCUGUGUGGCCGUGGGCGCCCCCAUGCCCUGCCAAGUGGGAUGGUGGGGACCACCGGGAAGGGAAGAUGCCCGCCGGGCCGCCGCCUGGAAUCACCAACAUCGCCCGUCGGCCAACUCCGGGGGCCAUCUCCCCUUGGGCCUGAUGAAGCCAUGCCCAGAUAUGUCAAGAUGGCAGGCCCUGGACCGGGAGCCGCCACCGGCCGCUGUGGCCACGCUCGUUGUUGUGCCAGGAGAGAGCGCGGCAAAAUGCUGGUUGGGGGCCUGCCGGCUCCGCCAUGGGGAGGGGGGCUGGGGAAGGCGGCCCCUGAGGGUCCCCCGCGGCUGGUCGCCCCUUCCCGAUGCCGGCCUGGGUCAGACCCACAGCGAGCCCGCCCGUGGGCUCGGCUCAGGAGGGAGCCGCCCGCAGCCCGGGCAGCGCCAGCGGAAGCAGGGGCUCCGGGCAGCCCUCGCCAUCACUCCCCAGCUCGCCCGGGGCCCCGUGUCUUCUGGGCAGCAGGAACGGCCCGAGUCCCCCCUCAGUGCGGGGGGGGGGGCGCCCCAGGGGAUUUCUCAGGUUCGCGCCCAUCGCCAGCAUCGCCCGCACGCUCCGCUGCGUCCCCCGCGGCCCGGCCUCCCCGCCACCGGGCCGCAGCAUCUCCCCGUUACGGCUCCCGGAAGGCGGCCUCGGCCCGCCCGGGGAUCUCGGCGUCCCGGCCUCGGCUUGAGGGAUCAUACUGGGGCGUGUAGUUAA